AGACUAGAUAAAGAAAAAAACUUCAACAAGAUUUCUCCUUUUUUUCUGUCAUUUCUCUCACUCUGUACAUCCACUAAUACAUACAUGAAGUACUAUUUCUUGAUUCUAUGAUGUUGGGUUUUUAUUCUUUCACCAAAUAUCUGAGUUUGAUUUCAUGGGUAAUUUUGUGAAGCAAUGUAAUUUAAGCUAAUUCCCAAGUGGGGUUUUAGUAUUGAAGGGGAUUUUCACCUAGGUGAAGGAAUCUUGGUGAAAUGUAUUGUCUUGGUACUGUAUAAUUUUGUGUUUUGUUGCAAACCCCUUUUACUAUACUGGGUAAAAAUCAAUGAAUCCCAGAUAAAGUUUGAGUCUUUUUGAUGUUUUGGUUGUUUUUUUUGUUUUUGUUUUUCUAAUUGUUGUGUAGCUCUGGGUGGAUUCAGGAGUUAAGUGAAUUGUUUUGGUAUUGUGUAAUUUUGUGUAUUGCAACCCUUUUUACUCUCCUGGAACAGUGAUGGACCCCAGAUAGAUUUUGGGUAUUUUCUUGUUUGGGUUUCUGAAGCUCUGAUUGUAGUGCUGUUUAGCUUUUUUUUCUUUUUUCUCUUCUGUUGUUGUGUAGCUCUUGGUGGAUUGAGGAGUUUAGUUGAAUUGUCUUGGUGCUGUAUAGUUUUGUGUAUUGCAACCCCUUUUAAUCUCCUGGAAUAGUGAUGAACCCCAAAUGAAUUUUGGGUUUUUGAAGCUGCUGGUUUUUCCUUUUGUUAAGUAGCUCUGGGUGGAUUCAGGAGUUAAGUGAGUUUUCUUGGAAGUACUUGAAUAAAGUUAAAUGCUUUAGUGAAGUAAUGGCUGCAGAUUCUAAUACAGGGUUUCAUCAGCAAGCUUUAUCAUUUCAAUCAGGGGCAAUUGGGAGCUCGUCAUCUCAGAUAAUGUUGAUGAGUGAUUACUACAGUCAUCUUGGAGUGAAUUUCGAUGUAAAUAAUAGUGGAGUAGGAGGAGGGAUGUUGUAUUCAGGGAAUCCAACAAUGAUGACAACCAAUAGCUCUAGUAGCAGUAGUCCAAGAACUAGUCAGUAUGGAAGUUGUUCAGAUUCUUUUCUUAUAGAUACAGUGCCAGGGCUCAAGCAUGAUACGGGCCUCGCUGUUGAAUGGACGGUCGAGGAGCUGUACAAACUGGAGGAAGGACUUAUCAAGUAUGCCAAUGAACCACGGAUAAUGAAAUACAUUAAGAUUGCAGCAUCACUCCGCGAUAAAAAUGUACGUGAUGUUGCACUGAGAUGUAGGUGGAUCACGAGAAAGCGAAGGAAACCUGAAGACUAUAGUUUGGGGAAGAAAGUGAAAGAUAGGAAGGUUUGCCAUCAUGAUAAAUUAGCAGAAAUGUCCUCAAUGAGUAGUGUGUCUGCUUCACUGAUGAGCUUGGCUCCAUAUUCUCUCUCCAUGAAUCAUCAUGGCCAUGGUGAUGUUUUGCCAUCAGGAGCAGCAUUACUUGGAACGAGGCGUCUAUUGGAAGAAAAUAAUCAGGCCCUUAACAGAAUUUCAGCUAACCUCUCAACGUUCAAGUUGCAGGACAAUGUUGAUCUCUUUUUCCAGACGAAGAACAAUUUAACUGCGAUUUUAAAUAAUAUGAAAAAUAUGCCAGGGAUUAUGAGCCAAAUGCCACCACUUCCAGUCUUCUUAAAUGAGGAGCUCGCUAGUAGUCUCUCGCCUAGUUCAGCUCAGCCGAUGAUGUUUGGCUGCAGAAGCGGAAUCCAGUUGAAACAGGAGCCAGCUUGUUGAUAAGAGAAUGCUCAGUGCUCAGUUUGGAUUUUUGGCUAGUGUAAGUGCACAGUUUUUAGUGUAAAUGCAUAAAACAACUGGCGGUACUUGCAUGACCAAGUCGAUGAGACAAAUGUUUUUGAACCAUUUUCGGAUGCUGAAUAUCUGAGCAAGAAUUUACCAGGAAAUAACAGCCUUUUUCAGUCAUCUUAUAUCAAUCUGUAUCAGAUAAUGCACUUAGAAGUUUAAGGUCAUGUUUUCACCUUUCUGUGUGCAAAAUUCGAGAAACACAUAUAUCCUUUAGUUUUGUAAUAUGUUAGCUCUUCUUUUUUGCCGCUUCUUGCAUUAUUUUCUCCUUAUUUGCUGUAAAAAAACAACGAAUCGUUGAGUAUUGGAUUGAAAUGAACUCAAAUAGAGCGGAAUGGAUGUAAAUGAUUUAUAUAGUCAACGUA